GCGGCGGCGGUAGCGGCGGCGGCUGGGGAGGAUGUGGGCUGCGUACGGGCUGGCGGUAGCGCUGGCCCUGAGCGUGCUGCGGGACUGCCGGGCGCUGCGGCCGGGAGACUGCGAAGUUUGUAUUUCUUACCUGGGAAGGUUUUACCAGGACCUCAAGGACAGAGCUGUCACAUUCACACCAGCCACUGUUGAACAAGAACUUAUAAAGUUCUGCCAUGAUGCUAGAGGCAAAGAGAAUCGGUUGUGCUACUACAUAGGUGCCACAGAUGACGCAGCCACCAAAAUCAUCAAUGAGGUGUCAAAGCCUCUGGCGCACCACAUCCCUGUGGAAAAGAUAUGUGAGAAGCUAAAGAAGAAAGACAGCCAGAUCUGCGAGCUGAAGUAUGACAAGCAGAUUGACCUGAGCACAGUGGACCUGAAAAAACUCCGAGUGAAAGAGCUGAAGAAGAUCCUGGACGACUGGGGGGAGAUGUGCAAAGGCUGUGCAGAGAAGUCUGACUACAUCCGGAAGAUAAAUGAACUGAUGCCUAAAUAUGCCCCGAAGGCAGCCAGCGCUCGGACUGACUUGUAGUCUGCCCAAUCUCUGCUGCACCUGAGGGGAAAACCACUCGGCUGUCUUGCCCCCAAGACAGCCUUUUUUGUAAUUUAUUUUUUAAAUGGGCUCCUGACUAUCAGAUGUGAAGCCUGGAGCUUUCCUGAUGAUGCUGGCUCUACAAGUGCCCCUCUGGGAAAGUCACUUCCUUCUAUUGCUGGUUUACUCUAGGACUUCAAAGUAUGUCUGGGAUUUUUUUAUUAAAGGGAAAAAAAAAUG